AUGGGUGUCGCAAAGAAAACGAGAAAGUUCGCACAGGUCAAGCGAGUGAUCGGGCAGCGCGACAACCGAACGAAGGAAGGCAAAGCCAGGCUCGAAGCUCUGGAGAAGGAGAGGGUUGACAAGAGAGAGACGGCCGCCGGCGAGCUCAUUCGCGAAGCGCCCCAAAUGCCGAGCCACAUGUUCUUCCAACACAACGAAGCUCUCGUGCCGCCCUACAAUGUCCUCGUGGAUACCAACUUUUUGUCCCACACAGUGCAGCGGAAGCUGUCAUUGUUAGAAUCCAUGAUGGACUGCCUCUAUGCAAAGUGCAAUCCGAUCAUCACGUCUUGCGUGAUGAGCGAACUCGAGAAGCUUGGUCCCAAAUACAGGCUCGCACUACGCGUAGCGCGAGAUGAACGAUGGACACGAUUGCAGUGCGAUCACAAGGGAACAUAUGCCGAUGACUGCUUAGUCACCAGAGUCCAGCAGAACCGCAUCUAUAUCAUAGGGACCAACGAUUUCGCCCUGAAGAAACGCUUGAGGAAGAUUCCCGGUGUUCCAAUUAUGAGUGUGGCGCGAGGAAAAUACGUGGUGGAGCGUCUGCCCAACGCACCUGAUUCAUAA